UGAUUGCAAGGCGACAAACAGAUCUUUUGUGCAAUCACUGUCCUUUCUUCGUCUCUUUGAUAACGAUCAAGCUCUCCAUACCUCUACCUCGAGCAAACAGUACACGUUCGGAAUCCACACGAUCAUGCCAUCAGCCAAGCGCAAUGCGUCGUCUGCCAGGCGAUUAUCUCUAGCCAAGAGGCAGAGGACUGUUGAUCCACCAGUUGAUCCGCUUGAGGGCACGAGCGGCUACGAUUCAGAGGAGGGUUCCAACGAUCAGGUGGACGGUGGUCAGGACGCUGAUCACGAGGACAAGGACGAGCAUGAGAACGAGGAGGACGAUAGCGAGCUCGCUCCCAUCACCCCCAAGCAAUCUGGCCAAGCUGCUCGCGGCUCCAAAGAUCAGGAGAAGAAGCACCCCAAGAAGGGCAAGAAGAAGGCUGCUCCGAUCAAGGUUGGUGCCGCUCGUAAGGAGGUGUGUGGUGGGUGCGCCCUGCGUUUCAACGCAGGCCUGAUUAAUGGCAUUUGCCAUGAUCGGCUCGAUUCGAACAGCGAGCGCUGCGUUGAGUGUGGCACCCACUCCUGCUCUAUUCUUCACAAGAACUCUGUGGUUCCCGUUCAUGCUGCGAUCAACGCUCGCCGCAAUCCAGAGUUGACAUCCUGUGAGAUCGAGGUCUUCGUCGAGCGCUCCAGGAAUGCUCUUGAGCGGUAUCCUCUGAUCCCCCGCAACCCUCCUAAGGGCAAGGCCAGGCCCAAGGCGACUGCUCCCCUGGCCACCCCCCAAUCAACGAACUCCUCGCCGAUCCUCACCAGGGCUUCCGCCUCCCGCUUGUCUGGUGAUCCUGCCACGCCGGAUCAGCCGUUCGGGCGUAGUCGUCCAAGGUAUUAUUGGGCUAGAUCCCCUGCCCCUCACCCUGGUCCCUGGUAGUUUCCUGACUCUUACAGUGGUCCUUCUCCCUCUCUCUCAGGGAUUAGGUAUUCCCACGGCAAUCCUCAAUCGUCUCCAAUCCAGGCACCUCAGGGUGUCUCUUCCUUUCGUUCAAAUGCUGGUGAGCUUAUGCACGAGGUGAUCAGUGGCACUUCAGCAUCAGCGUAUAGUGGCCAUGGAUGUGUGGCGAGGCGUAGUCAGGCUGAGCUCCAGUUGAUCUUCAUUGAUCGGCUCAGGGGGCUCAUUGAGGUGUUCGAUGAGUUGGCAGGGUCUCAGUAGGCGGUGAUCUGUGUGUGACGAUCCAUACUAUCAGGGUACUUUAAAAGUUCCUGCUUUUUUC